UUGGCUUCCCUGCCUUACCCCAGAGAUUCGGUGUAAUUUAACACCCCCUCCCUCCACUGCCAAAUAGUGUCCGCUGACCGUGACACUGAGCAUGCGCGGCCAUUGGACGGCCGGGAUUCCCGGGAACUGCACCUGCGCAUCGCCGUCUGGCCGAAAGCUGACCGCUUGCCGCAUGCGCAGCUGUUGGCGUAGGGACUGCGCCUGCGCAGGAGUCGUAGUAGCCUGAACCCCUGUAAAAUAGUGAGUUCAAUGGGACCUGCUGCUGGGGUGGGAGUGGAGGUAAAAGCUUUUGAUGUCGGUAGCAGAGGGUUUCUUUCCAAACCGUCCCUUAAACUUAUCAUACUUUCUGUGCCCCCUCCAUCUCUGUCUGUCCCAACCCCACCUUUGCUCUCCUCCCUCCUUCAAAUUUGACCCUGCAAAAUGUUUUUCUUUUAUGACAUCUGACUUGUGUAGCGUUACAAUUUUUUUUGCAUCUGUACUGCGUUUGAAUAGGGAUGUUGGAUAUACCUAGUUUGUUUAAAGUGCACUACACAUUAUGACAGCUUUGUUUAUUUUUACAAAGGAAUUAAGCGAUGGAAGCAUUGUUCACCUUUCAAGACAUACUUUCUCUGUACGCCCAUUUAGUUUGCUGAUUAAAUGUUUUUCAUAAUUUGAAGCAUAUAAAUUUUCUGUAGUAAUUAGAUUAGAAAUGAUGGAAGAACUGCACAGUCUUGAUCCAAGGCGGCAGGAGCUCCUUGAGGCAAGGUUUACUGGGAUGGGAGUCACCAAGAUGCCAGUCAACGAGUCAUCCAAUCAGAGCUUGUGUAGCUUGGGAUCGCUAAGUGACAAGGAAUCAGAGACACCAGAGAAGAAACAAAAUGAUCAACGUGGAAGGAAGAGAAAGGCAGAUUCUUACAAUGAUGCCAAUCAAGGCAAAGGCAAUCCAAGGGGACAUAAAAUUAGUGAUUACUUCGAGUUUGCUGGUGGGAAUGUCACAGGCACAAGUCCAGGCCGGAGUGUGCCACCUGUAGCUCGCUCAUCGCCACAACAUUCCUUGUCAUAUUCGUCACCUUCUGUUCAGCAUGGCAGUCCGUCAUCAGUGGGGUCAGCCAACACCGAGCAUUCCUGUAAUUCACAAAAGAUAAUUAAUGUACAACAUAAGCAGUCGCAGACAGACUUCACACUGGAAAAGCUCACUGCCUUGGAAAGCAACAAAAAUUCUGACCUGGAAAAAAAGGAAGGCCGGAUCGAUGAUUUACUCCGGGCAAAUUGUGACUUAAGAAGACAAAUAGAUGAACAACAGAAAAUGCUUGAAAGAUACAAAGAACGGUUAAAUAAGUGUGUGACAAUGAGUAAAAAACUGCUAAUAGAAAAGUCUAAACAAGAGAAGCUUGCCUGUCGAGACAAAAGUAUGCAGGACCGACUGCGACUAGGUCACUUCACUACAGUCCGGCACGGAGCUUCCUUCACUGAGCAAUGGACAGAUGGUUAUGCGUUUCAGAAUCUUAUUAAACAGCAAGAGCGAAUAAAUGCACAGCGUGAGGAAAUUGAGCGACAGAGGAAGCUUCUAGCAAAACGAAAGCCUGCAGCCAUGUGUCAGAUGCCACCUACAAGUACUGAACAGAAACAGAGGAAAAACAAAGCAAAUGGAGCGGAAAAUGAAACGUUAACUUUAGCAGAAUAUCAUGAACAAGAAGAAAUCUUCAAACUAAGAUUAGGACAUUUAAAAAAGGAAGAGGCAGAGAUACAGGCAGAGCUAGAGCGAUUAGAAAGAGUGCGGAAUUUACACAUUAGAGAACUGAAAAGGAUACACAACGAAGACAAUUCACAAUUUAAAGACCACCCCACGUUAAAUGACAGAUAUUUGCUAUUGUACCUUUUGGGAAGAGGAGGUUUUAGUGAAGUAUACAAGGCAUUUGACUUACAAGAACAGAGAUAUGUAGCAGUGAAAAUACAUCAGUUAAAUAAAACCUGGAGGGAGGAAAAGAAGGAGAAUUACCACAAACAUGCUUGCAGAGAAUAUAGGAUUCACAAGGAGUUGGAUCACCCCAGGAUAGUCCGACUCUACGAUUAUUUCUCGUUAGAUACAGACUCGUUUUGUACUGUGUUGGAGUACUGUGAAGGCAACGACUUAGAUUUUUACCUAAAACAACACAAGUUAAUGUCCGAAAAAGAAGGCCGCUCCAUCAUCAUGCAGGUAGUCAAUGCUCUGAAAUAUCUGAAUGAGAUCAAGCCCCCCAUCAUCCACUAUGACCUCAAGCCAGGUAACAUUCUGCUGGUGAAUGGGACAGCAUGUGGAGAAAUAAAAAUCACAGAUUUUGGAUUAUCUAAAAUCAUGGAUGAUGAUAGCUACAAUUCAGUGGAUGGAAUGGAACUCACGUCACAGGGAGCAGGCACAUAUUGGUAUUUGCCUCCUGAAUGCUUUGUGGUUGGAAAAGAGCCUCCUAAGAUAUCCAAUAAGGUCGAUGUUUGGUCUGUGGGAGUUAUAUUCUAUCAAUGUCUAUAUGGGCGCAAGCCAUUUGGUCACAACCAGUCCCAACAGGACAUUCUACAGGAAAACACGAUUUUGAAAGCCACAGAGGUGCAGUUCCCUCAGAAGCCAGUGAACAGUGCAGAAGCAAAGGCAUUUAUCCGCCGGUGUCUGGCAUAUCGUAAAGAGGACCGGAUAGAUGUUCAACAACUUGCCAGUGACCCAUACUUGAUGCCUCAUAUUAGGAAGUCAGUGUCCAGUACCAGUCCAGGUGUGGUCGCAUCAACGUCUGGAUCAUCAAAUAACAGCACCUCAAACUGAGCAUGCAGACUAUCCACAUGAUAGUAUGUUAAAGAAAAGGAGUACAGAAUCCGUGCUGGGGAUGAUUUGUACCAGGUGUUUUCUCCGUAUGAUUGUGGGGAGGAACAUCCUCACGGAUUCUCCUAAGAGAGAUGGACAGAGACUGUGUUGCUCCAGGCAGAAAGUAAGGACAUGAUGUCAGAGGCUAUGAAUUAUUGACCAUGACUGAUGGCUGCUAACGAAAAGGACAAUGAUGAGAAUCUGCAUCCUGCUCCCAUGUACCUUGACAGCAGCUCAGCCUUGAACUGAAAGGGCUUUGUGCUGGUAGAGAGUGAACAAGAUGGGAGUUCACUUUUUAAAUUGCCUUCCUCUACCCACUCCCAUCCCAUUCCCCACAUCCAUUCAUCAGCUGUCCAAUUCCCCAUUUCAAGUAAUACAAAUUGGGAAUGGGAACUUCAGGUUGAAAAUAAAUGACAGACCGGGGAUUGAAUUGUUUAAGUUUUUAAAACUGCCUGUUGGUGGCAGUGGUGUUCUUUGAGUUUGUUGUGAAUGCAACUCUAAUGGUCUUUUAAAGAAAAUCAGACCUUUUUCUCUUUCUCCCUUGCCCACUGCCUCCGUCUAAGCUCACUUCUCCACUUCUCAGCUGUGGUUUCUGAUACUUUUUCAAUGUUGCAUUUUCUUUCACUGUUUCUUGCUUGGGUCAAUAUGGAUUAGACAGACAACACUAAAACUUCGAUCAAUCUGCAGUACAAAAACUACUUUGCCACAUAGAUAUAUUUUUUUUUCAGUUUUAUUCGCCUUGGCAAAGAUUUUUUUAAAUAUCAGUCUUGUUCACCCCAUGCCCUUCUCCAGCUUUUGGUUACCUUUCUCUUGGAAGAUGCAUGUAAAUGUUAGUUACCAAUUUGGUGUAUUGAGUACAUGAGAGAAACACUUUGCAAUCAAGCAUCGGUUUACACCGGAAUUAUUUUUUUUGGGGGGGAAGCGUUAGAAUAUAACUGAAAAUAUUCAACUGAGGGAAAAGCAGAAGUCUGACUUUUGAAAAGUUGACUUCUAUUAUCUUUUUAAAUAGUAAGCCUUUCAGGGUUUGUUUGUUAAUGGUUCAAGAUGAGUGGAUUUUUUCAAUAAAAUGCCGAGUGGUCUAACUCUGGACAUGCUAGUUUAUUAAUUGGCAACAUCAUACCCCUUCCCAUUAAUGCAGUGACCAAUUCUUGAGCAGCCAAAGAACCAGUUAAGCUGAUAAUUACACAGCUCUGAGUCCGAGGUCAGAGCUGUGUGAAAUCCUACCAAACCCCAUCCUGGGGCAAUGGUUAAAAGCAGUUGGUCAGAUGUAUUGAAAGUCCCUGCCUCCUAGCCAUGAUAAGUCUGGCAAUACAUUUCCGAGUAUUCCACAAUAGCUGUUUUUCCUUCUUUUUUACUCUGAACUUGAGGAGUUAGAACCAAACGUGAAUCUCUGAUCAUGAAAAAUUUUAACUUGCAACUUAAAAGUAUAAUGUGACAAAGGCUACUCUCAAUGUUACAGCUUAGAGGGCAUGUGUUUGUCUUACUGUUUUGUGAUACCUGUUCUUUUAUUUGAAUAGUUUCUAAAUUUCAAAAAAAAUCGUUUUUAGCGGAGUAUACUUCAUUAAACUAUAAUCACAAUCAAGAUGUCCAUGUAAAAUAUACAACAAAAUACUGAAAGGGCAAAGGAGCCCAGGGUACAAACUUAGUGCCCCACCGAUUACCUAUACUCACAAUCCUUUUCACCAUUGAUCUUGGCUUGAAGACAUUUCAUUUUCCUCCAUUUAACAGCCAAAAAAAAAAUUGGGAUGGCAUGGUAGCGUAGCAGUUAGUAUAACAUUAUAGUGCCAGCGACCAGGGUUUAAUUCCACUGCUGUCUGUAAAGAGUUUGUACGUUCUCCCUGUGAUCCUGUGGGUUUCCUGCAGGUGCUCCGGUUUCCUCCCACAUUCCAGAAACAUAUGGGUUAGUAGGUUAAUUGGUUACAUGGGUGUCAUUGGGCUAGAAGAGCCUGUUAUUGUGCUGUAUUCCUUUAAAAAUAAAAUUAAACCUCCUAGACCUGAGUCCGGUAUAACCAAAAGCUAAGCUGACUAGCUUGUCACUGACCCUCUUAAAGUCCCCUUCAACUUAAUCAUGGAGAAGGGGAUCUAAGUUUCCAACUUGGGUCCUCCAAGACCUCCAUCCAGCAUCGUUGCAUAAAAAUUCCCAUUAUUAACACAGCACAAAGAAUGUUCAAAAAUAAACUCGCACUGCUUUGAUUUCAUCCAUCUUGAAGGUGUUUUGGGAGGCUGCAUUAAAAACAGGGAUUAAUAAAAAUGAGGGAUUACAAGCAUUGUAUAAAUAUCUAAUUUUUGAAUAGACUUUGAUUUUUUCCUUCAUAAAAUUUUGUGCCUACACUGAGCUUAUUAAUCCAGUGCUGCCCAGAAUGUCUGAUCCAAGUGCCGAUCUUUGCAUCUGAGUAUUUCUGCCCCUAUCUGGGUAGAGUGCAUAUGUUUGCAAAAUACACUAAAUCAUAAAUAAACAUUGUACAGCAGUGAAUAAAUUGUGCAUUUGUAUUGAAAAGUUGUGACUCUGGUUGUGGGAAGAGCUAUUCCACUCCCUCCCUCACCACUUCUUGUUCAUUUCCUUACUCACUCUCACACUCCUUUGCUUCAUCAUUCUCAACCUUAUCUCUAGCUCUUUUGUUGUGCCUACCCUUUCUAUAAUUUGCAAUUUGCUUGCAGUGUGCUGUUUGCCCCUCUUAAGUAAUGUUUAUCCCAUACUCCCACUAAAGCUUUGAAUAAAUUUGUGGUGCUUAUGGACUAACCAGUGGCAUCAAGCACAAGAUGUCUCCAUUGCCUGGUAUUAUUUUGUUCUUUCCCCUCCCAUUUCAAACCAAGCCUAUGGUAGAUCUGACCAAAAUGAUAAAGGAUUAAGACCUGUUUUGUGAUAUAGGAGCAGGGAAAGUGCAAAUUUUCAAGAACUUUGCAGAGCAGCCCAGUAGUUUGUGUGAAAGUAUUUCACAGCAAGCGAUACUUCCUCCCAUUGGAAGAACCCUGAAAAGAAAACAGAACAUUUAAUGUUGCAAGUGAUCAGAUAUUGGAACUGAUCAAUGCCAUUUAGGGAUUCAUCUCAUAGGCAGUUUUCUUCAGAAAUAGUAAGCAGUUGCUUGAAUAUCGAGAGCUCAUAUUCCCUGGAAAAUAAAGUUGAGAUAUAAGGGCAUCCUCUUGUCUUCAAGGCAAUUCUUGGAAUGGUAACCCUAACAGCUAUUGAAUUAUGGAAUUAUGUCUUUGUGUAGCCUGUGGAAUUAGAUUAGAUUAAUUUGGAUCAAUUAAUGAAAUAUGCUGCUAUUUCUGUGCCUCCUCUCCCCAAAAGUUCUAAUGGCACAGAACUUUUUUUAUCUCUCUAGAAAUUAGGAUAUUUUGUUGGUGCAAAAUCAAUAAUCCCAUAAUAUAAAGGAUAAGGAAAGCAAUUGGGAUUAAAGUGUUACCUACAGAUUGGCCGAGUAAAACAAAAUAGCAAAUGUUAUCAGUAAGUCUAAGCGCGCCUCAGAUUAAAGGCAGCAUUCUCGUGCACAAACAUUUUUUUAGGUCUGUGAAUGGAAUGGAACAUGCAAUCAGUUGUCGUGCAGAAACCUGCCCAAAGUUUGCAAUAAACUUCAAAAUAUUAUGAAUUAGUAGCACCUUAUGUGUGCUUUCUUAAAUUUGUCUUUUUUACUGUUCUGUUGAAAUGUUGUUGCAAGUUCUUGUAUUUCAGUGCCAGUGGUAUGCAAUUUAGUGAGCUAUUUUAAAUAUUUUAAAUAACUGAUUAAAUUAGUCAGGUUUCCUUUUCUAAAUAGUUGUAUGAGUUUACUUAGUACAGUAGAAAAUAGUAAAUGAAACUCAGAAUUGCAGAUGCUGCAAUAAAAGCAGAAAAUGCAGUGUUUUGUCAAUUGACUCCAGUAUUUUCUGCUUUUAUUUCUAGUAUCAAUGCACAUAUGGGGUAUGUUAUGGUUGGGAAUAUUAUUACUCUAAAGAAGAGGCUGUGGAAAACCAUAGUAAGUUGGGUACUAUGCAGCCAGAGGAACUAUUUUUACACAGAAAACAGAGUUUGCAGUUGACAGUGGUGUCUUGAUGAAACAGCAGCCUCUUCCCGGAGUAAUUCAUAAGUCAUCAAUCUGAUUCUCAUAGGGCUGCAUUUUAGUUUCUCGAGUUUAGUAGUAGUUCUGCCUAUUGAGAAAGGGGCAUUCUAGAAGCUUAUUAUAUACUGAUAUUUUGUCAAAAGACUAAGUGAAGGUGUGUUCCCUUGACUGCUUGUCUGAAGAUGAAGAGAGUGCAGCGCAAACUGGAAGAAGUGGUUACUUUAGCAUGUUGAUGACCUGCUUGGGUAAGUUUGCCUGAUGGCCGCUACAAUAGAUAACGCAGGUUUUGUCAGUAUGAGCAUUGGCAGUUGUCCUCCUUUCCAUUCAUCUGGUCUCACCUAUCACCUGCUCCAAAGGGGAGAGUUGCCUCUGCAGAGGUCUGACUGGAAGUAAUGUCUGUAUUAAACACUUGCAGUAUUUUUCUUGCUUUGAACAUUUGUGUCAACAUUUUAACCAAGCAAGUAACAGCUUUGAUCAUCAAUAUAGAUGGCAGUUAAUACGAGCAUCAGAAAUGGGGAAAAUGGCCCAAGUUCUGAAGUUGGGUUGGGGGAAAGGAGGGAACAAUUGAUGUUGUGAAAUAGCGUUAAAGAGUUGGGUGUCAUGUGCAGUCACUGAGAAAUCUGCAUGCAUAAUAAAUGCAGGUUAGUUAACUGUAUAGAAAUGUUCAUAGUUUGUUCGGUGAUCUUUGUCAGCUUUGGAGUUUAAUCAGAUAAAUCUUGCUCUGGGAGUGAUCAACAGAGCAGCAACUACCUUGCCAGCCCAGGUUAGGAUUAUUCAUAUUUUUUACCUUGGGUUGGAUUUUCCUUUCCAAACCCGCCCCAAAGUAUACAGGUAUGUAAUCCAUUCCAAGCCUUGAAAUCGCCGCUCACCUGAGCAUUGUAGGAAGUUGCUAUUUAGUAUUUUUCAGAUGAAUCCUUAAAAAGUGGCAUGCAGUUGCUGCAAUUCAGUUAUACAAAUCUUCAGGGAAAAAGAAGUGAUCUUGUACCUUUUUGAAUGUGCGUAAUGGAGUUUAUUUUCAAAGGGAGGAGAUCUCCGUGGUAACAACAGUUCUGUGUUUAUAUGCCAAUAAUAUUAAAAAUGUUAAAUGUUCUUUCGAUUCCUGACUUUUGUAGUGAAUUUCAUUGCAGCAUGAGAACUUCUUGGCAGGUUGGAAAAGUUGAUGCAUUUCAUAAACAGUUAUGGUAUUUGGAUUAGCUGUGCUCUGCAACAGCUCAUUGCAAAAAAAAACCUAAAUACACUGAGUUUUUGGUGGGUUUCAGUUUUUUUUCCCCCCUUGAAGUGUUUUUACAAAAAAAAAGAGGUGACCCAGUGUGCAUUUUGAUAAAUUAGUUUUUAGAGUCCCAUAGUUUUCCCAUGUCAGUUUAUGGGAAAACCUGUUUGGUUAAUUCCUUUACUGUGUGAGUUUGUUUUUCUAAUUGGAAUUUGUUUAUCCCAGUUGUACGUUGUAUACAAGCAAUCUUUGGACAAUUUCUCCCUUUCAUGUUGCUCCUCUCCCCCCCCCCCCCCCCCCCGGCCACUACAUCCGACAGCUAAAACACUCAGCAGCAUGCAUCACUCUGUGGCUGAGUGUCACUCUGUAAUUACACGUGCAGGAAUUUCAGUUUUAGUGUUCCUUUCAUUUUCUUUCAUUGCAGCUAAUUAAAACACUGUGAAUAACUCCUGGUUUGUAAACAUACAGACCAGCUUAUUUCUCCCUGUGGUUCCUCUUCCUAACAGUUCCUUUUGUUUUAAAGAAAUGUGUACAAAUGCCUCUAUUUAACUGUAUACUGUAGUGGUUUGACAUCUGAUUUCAACUGUGUGAGCCUCUCCUAGACAACAGCUUUAAUGUACAAAAGAAAUGGAAAAAAAUGAAGGGGUGAAGUUAAACCGGUACAGAUAUUUUCUUUUGAAUCAAAAGGAAGGUACCGUGGAGCCCCUGUGAGUAUGUGUCACUGUGAAAUACAUGCUUGGCUAAUAACCCAGUCUGUUGACAAGGGUUGCUGUGUAUAUUUCAAUAAAUUGUAUUGCUUUGUGCAGAUACCAAACUGCUAGAUGUCCAUUGAUAGCUGCUGAAAUGUAGAAAUUGUUCCUUUUAUUCAUCUGCUAAUAAAUUGAAUCUCA